AUGAACUUAUCUAAGGGGACAACAAAAUCCCAUUUUACAAGCAGCGACGACCUCUCUGUUGGGAAUGUUGCUCCUGUUUCUUCGACAUUCAUCAAUGUUCCAGACAAACGAAUGAGCAAGUCACUCCAUGAUGUUCGAGUGGGGACUGUGGAAGAGAAAACCAGUCGGAUUGAUGAAAAACGACCACCGCUGCCACCUGGUGGUACCAGUCAAGCAGAAAAAACAGGGGUAACAACUUUAGGACCAGGUGGUGUCUCUGUAAAGUGGAGCAAGGAUGGCUCAGGCUCAGGAAAGAGUAUAAAAGGAGGUAGUCGUGAUUUAGAGAGCACAGAGGAAGAGGUGGUGAUCUGCUACCAAGAUGAGGCUGUGACAGUUGGAGAGACAGGGGCAGGUAACUCUGCCAAGACAGAGGCACCUCCUAGACUGAUGAUAGUUUCUAGCAAGAUACGUAACAGUAUGGCUCUACGGCAUGCUAUUCUUCCAAAUGUGAUUUUCGUGCAAUACAAGUGUGAUUCUACGUCCUUGGAAGGGAUUCUUAGUCUAGUGACAACAACUUUGAACUCGAGGAAGGUCAAUAGUAUAGCACUGAUACUGAGCUGUGUUGGAUCUUCCAUACAUUUGUCUGGUAAAGACGAGAAAGUAAUUACCAAGGAAACCAUAUCAGAAUCUCAGCCAAUCAGGGACUUCUUUACAAACCUAGUCAAUGAACAUUUAGACAAAACAAGUGAAGAGCUGCAAUUGGACCUCCUGGCUUGUAAUGCUGUCCAACAUGGCGACUCGACAACCAUCACCAAGGAGAUUGAAACACUGAUUCAGCAUCCUGUGACAAUGUCCAGGGAUUUAGUUGGAGCAGACCACAAAGUGACCCUGGCUAAAACUGGAGAUGUCAAAGUCACUUGUGUAGGAGAGCUUUACUUUAAGGUGGAGAAACUGCGUGGCUGGAGUGGUCAACAACAACAGUCUCUAGCUGGGUUUGAGAAAAUACAAACGGUUGGUAAAGGAGCCUACGGUGCAGCAGUCUUGUAUAAGAAGAAAGAUGAUGAGUCCCUGGUUAUCCUGAAGGAGAUUAAUAUGCACGACCUUAAUGCUGCAGAACGACAACUUGCCCUCAAUGAGGUGAAUAUCCUUGCUUUCUUGGACCACCCAAACAUUAUCAGCUACUAUGACAGUUUUGAGGAGGACGGCGUUCUUAUGAUAGAGAUAGAGUAUGCAGAUGGCGGGACACUUGCCCAGUUCCUGUCACAGCAAGAGAAACCUCUUGAGGAAAAAACUAUCCUGACCAUGUUCCAGCAGAUUGUGGCAGCCAUUAGACACAUCCAUGAACACAAUGUUCUACACCGUGACUUAAAGACUGCAAACAUCUUUCUCACCAAGGAAGGUGUGGUCAAAGUAGGCGACUUUGGUAUCUCCAAAAUGAUGAGUUCCGCUAACAAGGGAGCUAAUACAGUUCUGGGGACACCUUACUACAUCAGUCCAGAGAUGUGUGAAGGGAAGCCGUACAAUGAUAAGUCAGAUAUUUGGGCCCUUGGCUGUAUCCUGUAUGAGAUGGCAUGUCUGCAGAAAACAUUUGAAGGCUCCAACUUACCUGCUCUGGUCAACAAAAUCAUGAAGGGUCAGUUUGCUCCUGUCAAAGAUAACUAUAGCUCAGGAUUCAAAGAAGUUAUCAUGGAUAUGCUACGACAGGAUCCAGAACACCGCCCAUCAGCUCACGAACUCAUGUACACAAGACUGCCACAGUUGAUGAAUUCCUUUGAGGACCCCACAACAGACUGUGAUGACGAUAUGCUGCAGCCCCAUGACUGUAACCAUGACCACGCUAAAAAUAAAAAGAAAACCAGUUCUACAGUGGAGAAAAGAUCAUUGUUUUUUUACUUUGAGAGCUCCACAGCUUCCAUCACCCCAAUAGAGCUUCCUCCUAAAAUCAAAAUUAGACAUGCCGCUGCUGGUGAAGAUCAUGUGAUUGUCGUUACCACUGAGAGACAGGUGUUUACCUGGGGAGAAGGGGGCAAAGGUCAACUUGGACAUGGCAACACUGACUCGAAAACAAAACCGACACUGGUGGAGGCUCUGACGGGGAAGUCAAUCUCAAGAGGGUGUUGUGGAGCAGGGUUCAGUAUAUUCGCAAGUGACAACGGGAUUAUUUUGACAUGUGGUGACGGGACAAAAGGAUGUUUGGGACACGGGGACUGGUCGUCCACCUACAGACCCCGCCUCAUUGAGUCUCUACUCAGUGUUGAUGUGAUUUCCGUGUCUUGUGGACCCAAACAUGUUGUGGUUGUUGGAAGCGACGGUGAAAUAUUUUCCUGGGGCUGUGGAGGUGAUGGAAGAUUGGGGCUGGGCAACGAGGAUGAUCAGUGUCAGCCUACGGAGGUGAACAUCACAGAGCCGGUUGUUGUACGCGAUGUGAGAUGUGGUGUUGACGGUACCAUGUUCCGUACAGAUGUUGGGGGCGUGUUCGCCUGUGGUAGUAAUCUUGACAACAAACUUGGCCUCAAUCAUAGACAGGGUUUUAUCAUGGCCAUGAAAAAUCUCUUUAUCAAGACCGAGGUGGAGGGACAGAAGGAACCAACACCCGUCAGAGCUUUAGCCCGACACAAAGUACUGGACAUCACUAUGGGUCUGCAUCACUCAGCAGUCAUCGUAGAACCUGGCCAUGUGUUCACAUUUGGACGUAACACUGAAGGUCAACUGGGGAUCAGCAACACCAAAGACUGUAGUGCUCCAGUCGAGGUCAAGUCGAUGGCUGACUGUGUAAUAAAUAGAGUCCAGUGUGGAGACCAUUACACAGCAGCCAGUACAGUUAACAAUGAACUGUACUACUGGGGACUUCGCUUCAAGGUACCCUCGUCCCAGUCAUAUGUCAAUAAGGACAAUGAUAGUUGUUCCAGUAUUAAUGGUAGUGUUAUCAACAAGGAUGAUAUUCGCCUAGAGAGUGUCACUCCAAGGGAGGCUACUAGGGAUGAUGUCCCAUUGGAAAGUGUUACGCCCAGGAAAGGGUCAACGUCGCACUCACGACAAGCCAGUUUGACCAGUAUAUCUAGUCUAGCCAGUACAAGGGAGUCCGGACAACUGUCCAGUCAUGAUGGUACCUUGGAAUCCAAUGUAGCAGACGACAGUAACCAUGACAUCGAAAAUCAGGACAAAUCAAAGUUGGAUGGCAGCCUGGACAAUGUUAAAGCCCGCUCCACCCAUAAACGUCAGGAAAGUGUUGACAGUAUGUUUUCCCAAGGUUUGACAGACAGUGGAAUUCCGAGCUCCCAGCCAAACACUCCAUCAGACACAAGUAGUCUGACCAGACCAAGUGGAUUUAGACCCUUAAGUAGCGUGCCACGUCGGACCUCCAGUGCCAGUAGUAGUCGCGAGAACAGUAAAGAUAAAGAUAAGGACAAAGACAAGGAAACGGAAAUCAACAAAGACGAGUCAGAGAUCAUCUACCCUCCGAUGCAUCUUAUGAAGAUCAGUAAAUCUGGAGAUGAGUCUCUAACAAUUAGCAGUUUCUUCUGUCAUGGUGAGAAUCUGUUUGUCCAGCUGGAGACAUCAGCCCCACCUCCUCGACGAAAAAGUCGCAAGAAGAGAGGAAUCAGGAAGCGAUUUAGUGGAAAUACCCUCACUGUGCCAAAAGAUACAGCCCUUCUCUACUCGGCAUCAAGUCGGGAGGGCGGGGACGAAUACUCGUCGGAGACCUCGGAGAUGGACACACAGGGAACAGUACCUCGUUGGCUUAAGGAAGAGUUAGCUAGCACCGAACGCGAGAUUAAUGAUGGAAAUGAGGCUGAUGACACUAGUGACCAAUCAGAGGAUGAAUUGUCACGGAGAAUGGUGGAUAGCUCGAUGUCCAGUAUACAGAUAAACAAAGAUCUCACCCCUGCGAAGAACCUGGAAGUAUUGAGCCCUCGAGCCAAACAGAAAAGACCUAAUACAGAAGAUACCAGAAAAACAAUGACAGAGACACGAAGUCGGGACCGAUCAAUGUCUGCCAACAGUACAGAGAGUGAAGUGGACUUUCCUUCUGGUAGCAUACAUUCAGACAGCUCCAAGGAAAACUUACAUGUGCCUGGUCAUCGGCGUAAGCUAAGUGACUCCAGUAACUUUAUAAAGAAGAAUAUCCAGAUAACUAGCCGUAAAACAUCGGCUCCAGCAGGGAAACGGAACGGCCUACCUGCAGGACCCCAGAAACCCUCAAGUCGACUGAGGGGCCAGCCACGGAGUCAGGGGCAGGACUCCACCAUGAAGGACCAACUGGCGGCACGAGGGUUUGUGUCUGAUGUUACUGUCCGUCGUCGCCAGGAGGCAUUACAGAAUGAGCUUGAGAUUACACGUGAGGAAAAACAGAGAGCCGAGGAAAAGAUUCGGAAGCUGGAGAUGGAAUAUAGACACAAAGAGGAGCUGUUGAGACAGGAGGCAGAGUUUCAAGUUAUGAGGAGAGAAAAAAAUCUAGAAGAACAAAUAGAGUUAUUGAAGACGGAACUUCAAAAUCAAAACUCACAGCUAAAGGACAAUCAGAGAAUGGUGCUAUCAUUACGGGAGGAGCUUACCAAGGUCAAGACAGAGUCGGGAUCGGGGCAAUCAUCCAGAAGUCAGUCAGGUGGAAAGGACAGUAGAGUGUGUACGGUUCAGUGAUCUAGUUGAAAGUUUAAAUGAAGGAUGGACACAACUUUUAGAUCAUGCAAAGCAUGUAAAAUUUGA